CCCCAUUGGCCGGCUGCGCCCCCGGACGCCCCGCCCCCCGGCAGCCCGGCGGUCGGCAGGGCGGCAGCGGCGGCGAUGUCGGGGCCUAACGGUGAUCCGCACGUGACGCUGGGCCCCGCCGGGCGGGACGGCGGCGACGAGGACGGGGACGGCUUCGGGGAGGAAGAAUAUGCAGCAAUAAACUCCAUGCUGGACCAAAUCAGCUCCUGCUUGGAUCACCUGGAAGAGAAGAACGAUCACCUCCAUGCCUGCCUGAAGGAACUGCUGGAGUCAAACCGCCAGACCCGCCUGGAGUUCCAGCAGCAGAGCGAGCAGCACAGCAUGGGAGCUGACGUGCAGGGGCCACAGCCUCCUGUCUAGUGCACUGGCC